AUGAUAGGCAAUUUUUUAGUUACCUGGGACUGGAAUUGGCUGGGAGGGAGUUUAACCUGUUUGAUUUCUUUUCUGUCUUCUUCCCGGUGUGAUGUCAUUUUAAUUUGUGAACUACUACUCCGUACUUCUUCCGAGUCUCUUCGAGAGUGUAUUUGGCGCAAAUCGGCAACUUUUGCUUUUCCCAUUCCCACCUUCUUUUUGCUUCUCCUGGUUCUCCAGUGUCUCUCUGUCUCUAUGUGCCUUUACCCGGUUACUUCGCCGGAAUAUUCCCUCGCAAUCAGAGAGCAAGACAAGCCAAGUUCAGGACUCCCUCACCUGCAGAACAGCCCCCCAGUCCUCGUCGUGUUUUCUAGUCUCCGCUUCUUCUCGAAUCCUUCUCUUGUGGGGGUUCAAGCGCAGGCAGAAUCAUUAUUGGCAUCGAUCAGGGGGGCAGUGCUAGCGCGAUGUAACUAA